ACCACGAUGACUUUUAUCCCCUUUAAUUAUUUUCAAAGUGUUAAAAAAAAAAAAUUCUAAAGGUUCAUAUUCAUAUACCAAAAACUCUAUCAAAUACACUAGGAAAAGCCAAUUUAGAAACGAACAGCAAGUGAUCAGUGGCAAGAAUGAUAGUAGUACCUAUCCCUUGUGAAGAGUUUUUCUAUGUUUGACCAGCAGAUCAGACAUUCUUCUUCGAUACCAGCAAGGAAUCUGUCAGUUCCCGCACCCUAUUCCUUAUUCGUGUUUCUGUUUCCAGUGUUUUGCUCGCUGCACUGUAUAUGCUCAAUGCCUUUAUAAGUUGUUAUGUAAACCCACUACAACCACCACCCCCGCCCUCCCAAGUCUCUACAAGACAUCCAUUAGAAAUGGCUAGUGACCAGACCAGAAACUCCAUUUAUAGCUAUAUCCACAAUUCUUUCUUGCAGAAAAUUGGGGUAGAUAAGGCAAAGGGUAUCAUCUUCGAGACAAUUUUGGAGAAACUUGACAUCAAACAAAUAUUUUCAUCCUCUCCAACCAUAUUCAGGAUUGCGGACUUGGGUUGUGCUGCUGGGCCUAACACAUUUCUUGCAGUUGAAAACAUAGUAGAACUUGCAAAGCUCAAAUGCCAAUUUCAUGGACUCGAUCUAGACAGUCUUGAGUUUCAGGUGUUCUUCAAUGAUCUAGUUUUCAACGAUUUCAAUAUGCUUUUCAAGAACCUUCCCAGUGACAAAGAAUACUAUGCUUCUGGUGUGCCUGGAUCCUUUCAUGGUCGCUUGUUUCCUCCGGCUUCUCUCCAUUUUGCCUACUCCUCUUAUGCACUUGCAAAUCUCUCAAAGGUGCCGGAUGAGCUCCAGGACACUGUUUCUCCAGCUUGGAACAAAGGGAAAGUUUAUUUUACAAACUCUCCAAAGGAAGUUGCUGAGGCUUACACCAUGCAGUUUGCCAAGGACCUGGAGUCCUUUCUGAAAGCCAGAGCCCUAGAGCUUGUUCCUGGAGGGCUUAUGGCUUUUCUCUUCACAAGUGUUCCUCCAGAUACUAAAUGUGCUCUCACUGCAGUUCUUGAUCUUUUGGGAUCUACCCUCAUGGAUCUAGUCAACAUGGGAAAGGUGAGCGAAGAAAAAGUGGAUUCCUUCAACUUACCACUGUACUUCCCAAAUCCAAUAGAAUUCAAGGAUUUGAUUGCGAAAAACGGGAGUUUCACCAUCGAAAGAAUGCAUGCCCUGGAACUUCCCUGUCCUGAAGUUGGAGAAGGUGUUAUGCACAUAAGAGCAAUCUUGGAGGAGCCCAUCAAGGAAAAUUUUGGAGCCCAGAUCAUUGAAAGUUUAUUCAACCAAUUGCAGAACAAAAUCGCUGAAAACUCUGUCGCUUUUGACUUAAGCUAUAAGCGUGCAUUUGUACCAUGCGCUGUUCUGAAGCGCAAAAUGUAUCUGGAAAAUGAUUAGUUAAGUUCCAGGAUCUAAAUAAGAUCAACUUUGAUCCCAAAUAACGUCUAUUUGGGAUCUUGCUUUGGCUUGCUUAUUGAUGUUGUUUUUGUGGAAGGAUAGUAACACGUUGGUCUUUGAUAGUGUAAGAAGUGAACCUAGAGUCUUAUCGU